UCUUAAAAUGUGCAUGCGCACAUCCACGACACUGCAUUUCUGUUCGAUAACUGGUUUGCCCCUUCAGUUUCGCACGGUGAAUUUUUUUAAUUAAAUACGUAUAACUUUGACGAGUUUAUAUUCUAUUAAAAAGCCGUGAUGUCGAGUAGCAAAUGCAUUAAACAACCACGCAAAAGUUAUGUAAAAGAACAGCAAGAAAUGACCCAUUCGGAAAAGCUACGAUUGAUAGACGACGAGCUGAACGCAUUUUAUAAGUAUUGCCAGCAGGCAGGCUUUACAGAAGAGGAGAUGGACAUUAUUUGUCAACCAUUGGUAGCUGCAAUGCGGCGUUCUUGGUUGCAACUUGUCUUCCGUGGUACAAUUGUGCUGAUAGUUCUUGGUACAUUGGCUUGUUUAGCAGCGCAACUUGAUUUCGUUGGAACACAUUUUACUGCAAUCAGUCGUCUCUUAUUGAUCAAAGUUUUACCAAUUUGGAAUUGGCAACCUUUAUACUAUGAAAAUUGUAUGAUCAACAAUCCCUUCUAUAAUGAUUAUAUGAUAACAGAAGAAGAUUGCGUGACUUGCGAGGCUUUGGAAACUAUCGAUCGUUUGUCAGAUGUGAGAUACCGCAAUCUAGUUGAUAACUAUUUAAGCCGUGAUGCACCUGCAAUUAUUACAGAUGCAAUGGAUUCUUGGGCAGUCAUGAAUACAGAUUAUUUCUGGUUUGAUAACAUUACUCAUCUCUACUUGGAGAACGAGCGAUUAAUGGAAACGGUACCCUGCGCUUUGACCUCAAACUUAAGGACUGGUUCGUCCGAUUUGGCAGCAUUUUUGCGUCGGGUACAUUCCCCAGAGGUCGCUAAGUGGUUUGUUCAUUGGCAAAACUGCGAGAUCAAUGCGGUAAAAGUGCUGCGAAAGUAUUACCAACGUCCGUACUUCCUUUCGAGUACUGUCUCACCGGCGCAUUUCAACUGGGUACUUAUGUCGUCGGAUUAUAAUAGUCCAAGUUAUAAAAAGGUUGAACUAGAUACUGGUCUCAUUGCCCUGGCUCAGUUGCGAGGAGCUACGCAACUUCGUUUGACUCCUAUCAAUCCUUGCAAUAGCUCUUGUCCAGAGUUAAUAGCAGAUCUGCAUCAAGGUGAAAUGCUUGUAUUUACCACUUUUAUGUGGACUCUGGAGUACGCGCCAAUGAGAGGAUUGGACAACAUUGCUAUCUUAACUGAGACCGUCUGGGAAGAGGAUCCAUAGACGUCCGAUCAUUGUUUCUUUCCUUUCGUAAUAUUGUACUAGUCUUUGAUAUUCAAGAUUUGUGUAUCGCGUCAUUAUAAGUAUGCCUAUACACACGCUCAUUCUAUAGAGUGAUAGAACGCAUUAAAUAAAGUACAAUUAAUCAUCCAA